CACUGAGAUGGUUAUGCCAAUAUGUGCAGAUGGCAGCAAGAUAUGUUUGAGCCAAGUCCGUGGAACUUUACACAGUUUAGUGAGCAAUGUCAUAAAAGAUGGAAAAACAUAUCCCAGAGAAAACUGGAUAGUUUCUGAGUACUGGGGUAAAAGUUUAGAAACGGCCAGUAAUAUUAUAUUUAGUAACGGAGCUCUUGACCCCUGGUCAUCUGGUGGCGUAACCACAAGUCCAUCUUCUUCCAUCGUGCCAUUGUUGAAAGAGUCUGGUGCGCACCAUCUAGAUUUACGAGCAGCCAAUCCUCUUGACCCACCCUCUGUUUUAGAUGCCCGACAGUCGGAAAAAAAUCUGCUAAAGAUGUGGUUAGGUCAAGUGCAAGAUGAUAAGUCUCGACAAGGGGGUGGUGUACAUAAUGUAUUUGCUUCUGAGAAAUACACGAUUCCAUAAACAGUUUCUACUAUAGUAUCUCCACAAAACAUCACUAUAGGUGUUCUACUCGUAGUUAUAUGUUUCUGUUCUUAUUAUCGUUUAUUACUUCAUAUAAUGCUGUUAUUCUACCUGAAAUGCAUUGAAUAAUUAACUUUAUUUCCAACUUCAUAUGUAAUUAAUAAUUAGUUAGGUAUUUUCUAUAUUUUGAAAAUUAAGAGCUGGAGGUAAAAUAUAAGAAUUUAUAUUCUCUAAUAAUUGCCCCUAACCCCUACCCUUUAAGAGAUAGGAAAAGAAAACCGUUCAAUAGCAGUAUAUUAAAAAGAUCAAGGAAAUCAACAUCAUACGAGCACUGUAUAUAACCCAGUGGUAAACAACACAAAAACAACAGAUUCUUUUAAUUUUGACCCUUUUUGUACUUUAAUUAUAGCCCAAUUUUUGGAAAAUGUAAUACCCCUGAGGGUAUUUAUUAGAGUAUACAUGUAUAGUAAGACAACAAUUUAUAAGACCGGUGAUGUUUAGUAAGAAAAAUCAGUACAUAUACAUAACAUGUAUUUAUUUGGCAUUAUUUAAUUGAUUUUACUUUAUUUACAAUGUUUUACCUUCUGGUGUCAAAUUAUAUGAUUUGGAUUGAUGUUACUUUUAUUAGAAAAAAUUCAACAUUGUCAAAUUUUGUUGUUGCAUAUUCCACCCAGCAGUGCUUAACGUUUAACAGGAUUUUUUUUUAUUAUAAUAUAAAUACUAUAAAUUAUAUCUUUUCCAUUUUAAGCAGAUAUCACUACAGAUUUGUUUUUCUCUUUCUUAUUAUGAAGAAAUGUGUAAAUAAAAUAUUAUAUUCUUUUAUAGUAUUUGUAAAUGAGAUGCAAUAUGCAAUUUUAUAUAAGUUUCUUUUUAUUUCAACUUAAGGUAUAUACUUCAUUAUAUAUUCCAGGUGCUAAUUUACUAAAUCUAGUUCCUCUAAAUAAGGUAUUGUUAUAUUGUUUUUGUAAAGGCGUCUUGAAUUUGAAUGCCAGCAAAACAGAUGUUGCAGUUCUCAUUAUGCCCCAUGAACAGACUCCCUCCUAUGAAUAGACUCAACACAAAAACCGAGUCUGAGAUUUUCUACUACAUUUGUAUUAUUUUUUUGUUUUGAUUGUUCUUUAUCGAAGGGUCACCUGUUUUCAAAAUUAUGAUAUCAAUAUUUAUGUCCUGACCUCUGUUAAGAUUUAUAUGUUUUAAAUGGUAUUUUAUAAGGUUAACAGUUAUUUGAUAAAAAUCAAAGGGAAGUAAGCAAGCUUAGAGCAGUAUUUUUUAUGAUUAUUCCCCCUGGUGUAUUUUGAUAAAAUGUGCUGCAAAUGAAGAGCAAAAGUUUUUUUUUUCUUUUAUCAAGGGUAUUUGGCUAUUGAUUUACCCAGUAUACCGUAGUUACCCUUUGAUCAUUAAAUACGCGAUACAUGUUAAAUAAUAAGCCACUUUAUUCGUCAGUACAUUUGUAAUUAUGCCUGAUAUAUUGUGUAUAGUACUGGGUUUAAAACCCCGCACAACGAA